CUGUUCCUCCCCGCUUGAUGAUAUAUGUCCUCCCUGCUUUCCUGUGCCCACCGGAUUCCAAGGCAUCUGCAUGGGGCUCGGUUGGGAGUACUGUGUCCUUAGUCACAAAGAGACACAGACAGGGGACUGUCAGCUGGUGCCGGAGGAGCCGAACAACGAGUCAUCAGCCACUGGAAACACCUGAGAGUGACCGUUCCACAGCAGCCCCGUGCCCCACGCCAGCGCUAGCAUGCUGCUGAACAGGAUGUCCGCAGACGACCGGCACCUGGGCUCCAGCUGUGGCUCCUUCAUCAAGACAGAGCCGUCCAGCCCGUCCUCGGGCAUUGAUGCCCUCAGCCACCACAGCCCCAGCGGCUCAUCGGACGCCAGCGGUGGCUUUGGCCUGGCCCUGGGCACCCACGCCAACGGUCUGGACUCGCCGCCCAUGUUCGCAGGUGCGGGCCUGGGAGGCACCCCKUGUCGCAAGAGCUACGAGGACUGUGCCAGCGGCAUCAUGGAGGACUCGGCCAUCAAGUGCGAGUACAUGCUCAACGCCAUCCCCAAGCGCCUGUGCCUCGUGUGCGGGGACAUUGCCUCUGGCUACCACUACGGCGUGGCCUCUUGCGAGGCCUGCAAGGCUUUCUUCAAGAGAACCAUCCAAGGGAACAUCGAGUACAGCUGCCCAGCCACCAAUGAGUGCGAGAUCACGAAACGGAGGCGCAAGUCCUGCCAGGCCUGCCGCUUCAUGAAAUGCCUCAAAGUGGGGAUGCUGAAGGAAGGUGUGCGUCUUGACCGAGUGCGUGGAGGCCGCCAGAAGUACAAGCGGCGGCUGGAUUCAGAGAGCAGCCCAUAUCUGAGCUUGCAAAUUUCUCCACCCGCUAAAAAGCCAUUGACCAAGAUUGUCUCAUACCUACUGGUGGCCGAGCCGGACAAGCUGUACGCCAUGCCCCCACCUGGUAUGCCUGAGGGGGACAUCAAGGCCCUCACCACGCUCUGUGACCUGGCAGACCGGGAGCUUGUGGUCAUCAUCGGGUGGGCCAAGCACAUCCCAGGUUUCUCGAAUCUUUCCCUGGGCGACCAGAUGAGCCUGCUGCAGAGCGCCUGGAUGGAGAUCCUCAUCCUGGGCAUCGUGUACCGCUCGCUGCCCUACGACGACAAGCUGGUGUACGCCGAGGACUACAUCAUGGACGAGGAGCACUCCCGCCUGGCCGGGCUGCUGGAGCUCUACCGGGCCAUCCUGCAGCUGGUGCGCAGGUACAAGAAGCUCAAGGUGGAGAAGGAGGAGUUUGUGACGCUCAAGGCCCUGGCUCUGGCUAACUCAGAUUCCAUGUACAUCGAGGACCUGGAGGCCGUGCAGAAGCUGCAGGACCUGCUGCACGAGGCGCUGCAGGACUACGAGCUGAGCCAGCGCCAUGAGGAGCCGCGGAGGACCGGCAAGCUGCUGCUGACGCUGCCCCUGCUGCGACAGACGGCCGCCAAGGCCGUGCAGCACUUCUACAGCGUCAAGCUGCAGGGCAAGGUGCCCAUGCACAAACUCUUCCUGGAGAUGCUGGAGGCCAAGGUCUGACGGCCCGCCCACAGACCACGCCCACCCAUGGACAGACGGAUGACGGACCGCGGUGGAGCCCUCACAGCCACCAGCCUCGACCUCGACCCCUGUAUCAUGGCUCUAAGCUGUGCCAGCGGAGGGGCCUCUGCCUCUUGGCUGUGUGUGCAGACUCCUGGGUGCAGUGG